AUGAGCAGUGCUUUGCCCAAAUCAUUGACGGACAUUCUCUUCUCCGAGUCAGUGGCCGCGAAGCUGUGGCAUGUGGCGAGCAGGGCACUGGGAAAGGCGGAACCACCCAUCCUCUACCCAGAAUAUACCGGCCGAGAUGGUGGGAGGUAUGUUUAUCGAAAUCUGAGAUUCUGGACUUCGGGAUUCUUCCCCGGGUCUCUGUACCUGCUGCUCGAACGGCAAACCAUGAAAACCACCGGUCCCCACCAUCUGCAACUCGAGUAUCUGUGCCAAUGGUGGACCAUCAAUCUGCACCAAAACGCCCUGCUGAGCACGACGCACGAUCUGGGGUUCAUGAUCGCCCCUUGGGCAAUCAAGGCCUGGGAGCUUCAGCAGGACGCGCGCGCAUUCAGCACCCUCGUCGUCGCCGCCCACACGCUGGCGCGGCGGUUCUGUCCCCGAGUCCAGGCGAUCCGGAGCUGGGACACGUGCAUCACCAAACGGUAUGCCUUCGAGGAUCCAUCUAAGGACUUUCUAGUUAUCAUCGACAACAUGAUCAACCUGGAUAUGCUCUUCUGGGUCGCGAAAGCGACAAACGAUCACCGUCUAUUCGACAUCGCAGUCGCCCAUGCCCGCACCACACAACAACAUCACAUCCGGCCCGAUAAGUCCUCUUACCAUGUGGUGAACUUCGACGACACGACCGCACAGCCGAAACAGAAAUUCACCAACCAAGGAUUCAAAGACGAGAGCUGCUGGUCGCGCGGCCAAGCAUGGGGAAUCCUGGGAUUUGCGCAGGCGUUUUUCUGGACACGGGAUCCAACUUUCUUGGCGACGGCACAGGCGCUCGCAGAUUAUUUCAUUGAGCAUAUGCCUUCCGACGGAGUCCCAUACUGGGACUUUGACGCUCCUGUCACAGCUGAGACGCCUCGCGAUACAUCGGCGGCUAUGAUAGCCUCGUGCGGCAUGCUCUUACUUUAUCGAGCUUUCCGGACACAGGGAAUGGAGGAGCUUGCGGGGCGUUAUUUACGAGCAGUCAGGCAGAUUGUCCAAGGCACGCUGGCAUCGUGCCUCAACCCUCCAACAUUUCGCUUUGCCGUCUCACCCUCGGAGGAGGAGCUUGAGACGUAUGAAGAUGGAGCACCAUCCGACCAUCAGAUGAAGCAAGAAUCUGGCUUCUUGGUGGUUGAUGACGGCACAGGGACAGGGGAGGCCCAUCAUCCGCCAAAAGAGACGAUUCUUAACGGGGCGACCAUCAACAACUAUGAAUUUGCGCCGCGACGGUGGGCAAGUCACGGACUGGUCUAUGCGGACUAUUACUUCAUGCUCUUGGGUAAUAUGUUGCUUGAACUGGACUUAGUCGAGCCCGGGUUCUAG